GGUACGGACCAAAGAACCCCUUCCAUUGCCUUCGGCAUCGGUCAACAGACUACAGAUAAUCUAUCCACCAGUAACCUAAUCCUUUACUACUGCAUCUUAGCUAUACCUGGACCAUAACUGCUUUACGUGCCAAUCGGCCCCUUUCUAGGCGACUACCACAAUCAUGGCCAAGUUUUCGAAUAGCAACAGUAAUAGCUACAAUCAGUUACAGCGAUUUCCCAACAAAGCUCUCCAGACUUCUGCGCUUGCAAGCUGCUACAGCGUCAACACGUCAGCAUCGAGAGUUAAUGGUUUCCAUUACUACACUACGACCGGGGCCGGAGCCCAGUGGUAUCCCUGAGGUCCCCUCAGGGUCGAAAACCUUGUCUCCAAGUCCCCCCCCUGAUCUCUCGACCCAUUCGGGAAUGGAGAACAGUUAUUCGGGUAAUAUUAUACCCGAAAACAAAGGGGAGGCAGCGCAUACUAUCCCGGAAGAGUGUGAGAGGCUCUUCUGCGACACAUUGUCUGUGAUUUUCCUUGGUGAGGGGAUUCUCUCUGGACAAGAGUCGCUUGGGGCAGGUGCGUAUCAAGUUCAACCGAAUAAUUCAUGUUACGAGCAUAGCCGAAUUCACGAGUGGGUUGAGGUGCUGGACUAUACAAGUGAUUGUAUAUACCGAGGAUUCGUGACCAGUUCAAAUGACGAGCGUGCCCUAUUCAUAUUCUUCAGUGAAUGUGCUCUGGGCCAAGGCCUUAAGACCGGAUUAAUUGCCCUUUUUGAGCUAGCAAGUCUCCCUUUUUUUGGGUGCUCUCAGAUUGUUGCAUGCAUUCCGCGUUCGCAAGGUGCAGCAGAGCUUGAAGUUGUGAGGAAUUUGGGAUGGUGUGGAUUUAACUUGACAACACUGCAACCGUGGAGCACUGGAGAUUGUACCGAAAUGUCGCUUAGUGCUAGAUGGCUUUUUUUGGGUGCUGAAGUAUAGCAGUGCGGCGGUCACUUUAUACCAAGUUGAAACAGUACAUUGUAUGUCGUCAGAUGAGUGGUAAUGGUGGAAGGCUUGCCUUCUGCGCUCAUAGUGGAUUUAACACUAAUGUACCCGGGCUGGCUACUUACUACUUGCAGUGGGGCACAAUAUAAUGGAUUCAAACGUUAUUGGUGAUCUCUAUGAGAGUAAACUCCGUACCCCAGAGCGGAAGGUACUCCCUUCAAGGGCGGUAUGGU